CACACACAUGCAUAUAUAAAACAGAACCAUCCAUUUUGUUCUUCAAGCUAGCUAUAGUGAUGGAUGCUUUGUUGUUGAGCUCAUUUCAGUGCCUUCCAUGGCUCUCAUCAACCAAGCAGCAAAGGCAGUAUUCUCAUAUGCAUCUUUCAUGCAGAGCCACAAAGGUGGAGUGUGAGAGCAACUUCUACAAGGUUCUGAGUGUUAGUCCAAAGAGUGCAACCAUGGAUGAGAUCAAGAGAGCUUAUAGAUCCAUGGCGCUUCAGUACCAUCCAGAUGUGUGCCAUGAUCCUUCCAUGAAGGAGGAGUCUAAUAGGAUGUUUGUGCAGUUGAAUGCUGCUUAUGAGACCUUGUCCAACCCCAUGCUUAGACAACAGUAUGAUAGUCAAUUAGGUUUGAGUGUCAGCCAUGAUUAUUCUGAAACAAGUUUGAGGAGCUUUUGGGAGGAGGAGCAACACCAAGUGGUUGUUGAAUUGAAGACAAGGUCGAGGAGACGCAUGGAGCAAAAGGCCAACAGAAUGAGGACACCAACCAGAGGAAAAGACAGGAACUGAUGAUCAUCAUCAAUGUCUUGAAUUUGAUUUGAUUAUUUCAUUAAUUUUGAUACAUUUAUUUAACUUGACAUGUAUAGAGCCAUGAAUAAAUCAGUUUUAUUAGACUCUUA